UCAAUAAAAAUACUACAAAUUAUUUAUUUGGAAAAAAUUCCCAUAAAGUACUUGUCAUUUUCUUUGGGGUCAAGCGGGCACACUUAAUCAUAAGGAAAGGAACUAUAUUGCAAUCUGAGGAAGGGGUUUGCUGUAUCAACCUGCAGUUUCUAGUCCUCUAAUUUCCUCUCAGCUCUCAAGUUUGAACUAAUCCCGUAUGCAAUCCUUCUUCUCCCCGCUUAUCCAAAAAACCAAGAAUCCGAACUCAUGGAUAAUCUUGAUCCUAACCUCAUUUAUGACGUCUUCUUGAGCUCCGAAAUCGGACCUGAUUCCAACCAAUCAUACACUUCAUGUCUCUGCUCCUGUCUACAAAAAGCUGGAAUCUCUGUCUUCCGGGACGACGAUGCGCUUCCCAGGAACGACGACAACCACCACAUCUCCCCCUCACAACUUCAGGCGAUACAAAAUUCAAGAAUUUCCGUGGUUGUUCUCACAGAAGGCUACGCUGGUUCAGAAAGGUGUCUGCAAGUUCUGGAGCAAAUUCUUGAAUGUCACAGAAUCGCAGGCCAGUUUGUUCUGCCGGUCUUCUUGGGUUUAUAUCUAGAUGCCGUACGGUUCCAAAUCGGUGCGUUUGGAAGAGCUUUUGAAGAUCUCACAAAGAGAAUCUCAGACAAAGAUCAGGUAGAAUGUUGGAAGAUUGCUUUCGCAAGAAUUUGUAGAAUCCGACCCAACCACUGGGCUCGCACGAGCUACAGCAACAAUUCACAUGUUGAAGUUGACUUUAAGGAGACCUGGAGUGAUAAUGAUAAAGAUAUCAAGGAACAUGUAGAACUUGUUAGAGGCAUGCUAAAAAGGACUGACUUGUUCAUUGCUGAGUAUCCAAUGGGAGCAUAUCGUGCGUAUCUGGUUCCACUGUUACUCGAACCCAAACCCACAGGUGUUGUACUACUAGGGAUAUGGGGGAUGGUAGGAAUUGGAAAAACAACAUUAGCCAAAUCCAUUUAUAAUCAAAUUGGUGAUAAUUUUGAGGGUAAAAGCUUCCUACCAAAUAUUAAGCAUGUAUGGGAACAACAAACAAGGCGUGCUUAUUUACAGGAACGACUUCUCAUGGAUAUCUGCAUCCCAUCAGAACGACAAGUAAAGAUAGAUAGCAUUGAAAAUGGGAAGAAGAAACUAAAGGAAAUUCUUUCUCAUAAAAAGCUACUUGUUGUACUUGAUGAUGUGAAUAAAUUGGAGCAGUUAAAUGCUUUGUGUGGAAGUCGUGGAUGGUUUGGUCCCGGGAGUAUGAUAAUAAUCACAACAAGAGAUAGAGGACUACUUCGGAAUGUCGACAUGAUGGUUGGAGUUGAUCAUGUGCAUGAAAUGAAAGAAAUGGAUGAGAACGAGUCAUUUGAGAUUUUUAAUCGGUGUGCAUUCAAAUCACAUGGGUUUGAUUAUCGCAAGGACAAAAGAGAUAUAUCAGCAUUUAAUACACAAGCUGCAGUUGCUUAUGCUGGGAGAUUACCGCUGGCUUUGGAAGUCCUUGGUUCCAAAAUUUUCACAAGCUUCAAUUUGGAUAGUGCAUUAGACAGAUGCACAGAAUCUCUCCAUCCCGUACUAAAAAAGGUGUUCAAAAGGCAUAUUGAUGAUGAUUUGAUCGGUACAGAGAAAGAGAUAUUCCUUGAUGCAGCGUGUUUCUUAAAUGGGAUGAAUCGAGACGAGGUAGUUGAGGCAUUAAAUGCCUUUGGAGACUUUGCCAAAAUUGGAAUAAGAAACCUUGAAGACAAAUGCUUCGUAGCCUUUGAUCACAUGAACAACCUUGGAAUGCAUGUCUUACUACGUGACUUUGGGAGAGAAAUCCUUCGAGAACAAAUUCGAGUGGAGCCCGCGCCAUGGUUAUACGAUGCGGUGUUGAGUUUUACCGAAGACAUUCCUACAACAUUCAUUUUAGAUCUCUAUACUUUUCUUACAAGUGCUGGAAUUUGCGUCUUUAUGGAUUGUAAUCACGAGACUCGAAGAGUAGACAGGAUUUCACUAUCACUUUUGCAAGCAAUUGGAAGGUCUAGAAUAUCUAUUGUUGUCCUGUCAACACAAUAUGCUAACUCAAGAUGGUGUUUGCAAGAGCUUGAGAAGAUAAUGGAGUGUCACAGAAAAAUAGGUCAGGUUGUUGUGCCCGUUUUUUAUGGUAUCGAUCCUUCUGAAGUACUUAAUGAAACAGGUGUCUUUGGAAGGGUUGUUGAAAAUCUUUUCAAAAGAUUUUCAGUCGAGGGAGAUAUGGAAAAUAGAUGGAGGGUAGCCAUUCUUGAAAUUGGUCGCAUUGAAGGCAUUACUAUAGCGGAUUUCGGAAACAAAUGUGAGGAUAUCACCAAGAUUGUAAAACAUGUUACUCAUCACCUCGACAUGUUCAUUGUUGAUCAUCCAGUGGGAGUAGAAGCACGGGUGCAAGAUUUAAUUCAACUUCUAAAUUGUGAGAAAUCAAAGGAUGUCCUUCUACUGGGCAUCUGGGGAAUGGGAGGCUCUGGUAAAACAACGAUUGCCAAAGUAACUUGUAAUAAGCUUUGUCGGGAUUAUAAAGGUCGUGGGAUAUUCCUCCAAAAUAUAAGCGAGGUUUGGAAGAAAGACAAUGGCCAAGUGUAUUUAAAAGAAAAGCUUCUCUCUGGUAUCCAUGAAACAACACAAGAAAAUAAUAAGUCUGGCGGAAAAAAAUUAAUGGAAAGACUUCGCAAUGAAAGAGUAUUUCUUGUGCUUGAUGAUGUAGACAGAUUAGAGCAGCUGAAUAGUCUGUGUGGAAGUCGUGAAUGGUUUGGUCCUGGAAGUGUAAUAAUCAUUACAACAAGAAAUAAGAGGCUACUUAAUGAGCUUGGAGUUGACUAUGUAUAUCAAAUGAAAGAAAUGGGUAAAAGUGAAUCACUCAUGCUCUUUAGUUGGCAUGCAUUCAAACAACCAUGUCCGAGAGAUGAUUUUCGAGCACUUUCUAGAGAUGUAGUUACUUAUUGCGGAGGGCUGCCACUAGCUCUUGAGGUGCUUGGUAGCGAAUUGUAUGGAGAAAGGGAAAAAGUAGAAUGGAGGCGUACAUUGCAGGGAUGCAAAAUAAUACCUCAUCCUACAAUAUAUAAAGUUCUAAAGAGAAGCUUCGAUGGAUUAAGUGACAGCAGAGUGGAAAACAUAUUUCUUGAGAUAGCUUGCUUCUAUAUUGGGUUGGAUCAAAAUGAGGUAGUACAAAAAUUAAAUAAUGACUUUGGAGAUUCAGCAGAAACAGUAGUAGCUGCCUUGGUUGAGCGAUGCCUUGUCACUGUUGACAAGAUGAACAAGAUUCGAAUGCAUGUUUUGCUCCGCAACAUGGGAAUUGAAAUAUUUCGCCAGCGACAACGUAUGCACCCUGAGCAACGGAUCUAUGACGUGUUCUUAAGCUUCAGUAAAGACACUCCUCCGUCAUUCAUUUCACGUCUCACUGAUUCUAUGAAAAAAGCCGGAAUGUCUUUUUACAAGAAUGAUGACUCGCUUUCAGGGGACGACCAGAUAUCCCGAUCACUAUUGGCAGUAAUCCAAAAGUCGAGAAUUUUCAUCAUUGUUUUAUCAAAAAAUUACGCUCGUUCUACAAGGUGCCUACAGGUUUUGGAGCAAGUAACUGGAUAUCGCAGAAUCGGGGGGCAGUUUAUUCUACCAGUGUUCUUGGAUGUAGAUCCCAAAGAUUUACGUUUGCAGAGAGAAUUCACACAGGCUUUUCGUGAUCUCAAAGAAAACGUCUUAGACAAAGCUGCGGUUGAUCGUUGGAAGAUAGCUUUUGCACGAAUUUUCCAAAUUCGAUCCUUCAAGUUCGUAUACGAGGCCGCAAACGGGACUAACAGGAGCAAAGAUGAUGAUGUUGCCCUCAGAGUUGUUGAACGUGCUAAGGACUUACUGGAUAAAAGAAACUUGUUUAUUGUUGAGUUUCCUGUUCAAGUCGAUUUUCAUGUGACGGAGGCAACUCAAUUACUGACCCACCGCAAAUCAAGAGGUGCUCUACUACUAGGGAUAUGGGGGAUGGCUGGCAUUGGAAAAACAACUAUUGCCAAGGCCAUUUAUAAUAAAAUUGGUGGAGAUUUUGAGGGUAGAAGCUUCCUCCCAGGUAUUAGGGAAAUGUGGGAAUUUGAAAAAAGGCAUGCUUAUUUUCAAGAACGAAUUCUUUCAGAUAUUUUCAUGUUGCCAAAAAUAAAGAUAGAUAAUGUUAAAAUUGGCAAAAAGUUGUUAAAGGAAAAGCUUUCCCACAGAAAGGUACUUCUUGUAUUUGAUGAUGUGAAUAAGUUGGAGCAGUUGAAUGCACUCUGUGAGAGUCAUGAAUGGUUUGGACCUAGGAGCAUAAUAAUCAUCACAACAAGAGAUAGAGCUCUACUUAGGGUACAUCACGUUGAUCAUGUUUAUAAUAUCAAAGAAAUGGAUGAGAGUAAAUCUUUGGUGCUCCUCAUUAAAAUCCUCAAAGGAAACUUUAAGAUAGUUAGUAACACAAGUUCCCAAAAGCUUGUUGCUUGUGCCAGGGGAUUACCGUUAGCGCUAGAAAUCCUUGGCUCUGGAGUUUCUAGUACCUCAGACAUGGUUAAUAUGUCACUUGAAUCUCCCCAUCCAAUAGUACGAAAUGUUCUGGAAAGAUGCAUCAACGAUUUAAGUUACCUGCAGAAAAGCAUGUUCCUUGACAUAGCUUGUUUCUUAAUCGGGAUGGAUCGAGAAGAGGUUAUACAAGCAUUGAACGUCCAUCGAAACUUGGCUGAAGACGGAAUAAAUACUCUUGAAGAUCAAUCCCUUGUAACGUUUGAUAAGCAGAACAAGAUUAGAAUGAAUGUUUUGCUACAAGAGACAGCAAGGAAGAUUGUUCAUGACAAUAUACAAAGCAAGCCUCAGCCAUGGAUCUAUGAUGUGUUCUUGAGUUUUAGAGGAGAGGAUACUCGUGCAUCUUUCACUUCACAUCUCAGUACUUAUCUUGCUAAUGCUGGAUUUCAUGUCUUCAUGGAUGAUGAAAAGAUUAGAAGGGGAGAUUGGAUCUCGAUUUCGCUAUUGCAAGCAAUCAAAAAGUCUAGAAUUUUCGUCGUUGUUUUGUCAAGACGCUAUUCUAAUUCAAGAUGGUGCUUGCAAGAGCUUGAGAGCAUAAUGGUGUGUUCUGAAGCCAAUGAUCGAGUGAUUUUGCCAGUUUUUUACGGAGUAGAUCCAUCUACAGUCCGUAAACAAAACGGUGAGUUUGGAGAAGCUUUUCAAGAUCUAUUAAAUAGAUUUUCAGUUGAUAGGUACAAGGAGGAGAGUUGGAGGAAGGCGCUUCGUCAUAUUGGUGGCAUUGCAGGGAUUGAGAUCAUAGGUUCCAGGAACGAAAGUGAGGAUAUCAAUCGAAUUGUUGAACAUAUCACUGGUUUUCUAGGAAAGACAUUCUUCUUUGUUGCUCAGCAUCCAGUUGGAGUAAAUUCUCGUGUGGAUCAUGUGGUCAAACUGUUAAACCACCGAAGAUCAAAAGAUGUUGAAGUAUUAGGGAUAUCAGGAAUUGGAGGCGUUGGAAAAACAACAAUUGCGAAAGCCAUUUAUAAUCAGAUUCAUCGUGACUUUGAGGCUUGCUGCUGUCUCUUAGAUAUCAGAGAAAAAUGGAAGCAAAUUACUUGCCAAGUUGAUUUACAAAACCAACUUUUGUCUGAUGUCUACACAACAACUAAAAUAAAGAUAAGAGAUAUUGAAUUGGGGAAGACCAUUUUGAAGGAAAGACUUCAGCAUAAAAGAAUACUACUGAUACUCGACGAUGUUGAUGAUUUAUCCCAACUAACUGCUUUGUGCGGAAGUCGUAAAUGGUUUGGUCAAGGGAGUAGAAUAAUAAUAACAACAAGAGAUGAAGGUUUGCUUAGAAUACUUAAAGUUGAUCAUGUAUCUAGAAUGUCAGAAAUGGACGACGAUGAAUCUAUUGAGCAUUUUAGUUGGCAUGCAUUCAAAAAAGCAAGCCCCCAAGAAGAUUUUGCUCAAAUUUCUAGAGAUGUUGCUGCAUAUUGUAAAGGACUGCCACUGGCUCUUGAAGUUAUUGGAUCUCUUUUGUUUGAUAAGGAGAUAGAAGAGUGGCAAAGCGUAUUGGAGAAGCUACAGAUAAUCCCCAAUCGUCAAGUACAGAAAAAGCUAAGAAUAAGCUUUGAUAGUUUGAGUGAUGAUACAGAGAAAGAAAUAUUCCUUGACAUAGCCUUUUUCUUCAUUGGGAUGGACCAAAAUGAUGUACUACAUAUUUUAGAUGGAGCAAAUCACCCUUCUGUUGGAAUAAAAACCCUUAAAGAUCGUUGCCUUGUGACCAUUGACAAUAAUAACAAGCUUGGAAUGCAUGACUUGCUGCGAGAUAUGGGGAGGGAAAUUGUCCGUGAGGAAUCAAUAAAGGAGCCAGAGAAACGAAGCAGGUUAUGGUUGCAAAAGGAUGUACUUAAUGCCCUUUUUGAUUCACAGGGUACAAGAGCAGUUGAGGGAUUGGCUUUGAAGUUGACCAGAAAUAAUACUGUUUGUUUCAAGACUGAAGCAUUUAAGGAAAUGCAUAGACUUAGAUUACUUCAACUUGCUAGUGUGCAGCUUGAUGGAAAUUUUGAAUAUCUUUCACAAGAGCUAAGAUGGCUCAAUUGGCAUGACUUUCCUUUAAAGUACAUGCCUCCAAACUUUUAUCAGGAAGGUUUAGCUGCCAUUGAGUUAGAAUCUAGUUGUCUCACGCAGCUGUGGACAGAGGAUAAGUUGUUGGUGAAAUUAAAAUUUCUCAAUCUCAGUCAUUCUCAUCACCUGACACAAAUUCCAAACGUUUCCUACUUGCCUAAUCUUGAAAAGCUCUUACUCAAGGACUGUCCAAACUUGACUAUGAUUCCAGAUACCAUUGGAGAUCUUAAGAAGAUUCUUCUGAUAAAUUUGGAAGACUGCACAAGUCUUUCUAACCUUCCAAGAAGCUUCUAUAGGUUAGAAUCUCUGGAAACUAUGAUUAUUUCUGGAUGCUCGAAGAUUGACAAAUUGGAAGAAGAAUUGGAACAAAUGAAGUCCUUGGUGAAUUUAAUUGCAAAUAGGACUAGCAUAACAAAAGUUCCAUAUUCAACAAUAAGAUCGAAGAGUGUCAGAUAUAUUUCAAUAUGCGGCUACGAAGGAUUCUCGCGUGAUGUGUUUCCUUCUCUGAUCUGGAACUGGAUGUCACCAACAAAUAUUCUCUCUUUUUCCACAUUGAUUCAAACAUCUGCAUGCCCAGAAUUUGUUCCCAUGGAUGUAAUAAUAAAGCUUCAUAGCCUUCGUCGCUCAAAGAAUAAACAAGGUGUGAAAAGAGUUCUUGACAUCUUAGAUGCCGCAUAUUGCAAGCAAGUAGAAGCUAAGCAAACUGCAUCACAGGUAGCAAAUAUUGAAAGUUGUUCAGAAACAAUAUUUGAUUUUCCCAAUCAAUUUUACAUUUCUGGGUCGGACAAGUCUCUUCUGAUUGAAGAAGGAAUGAAAAUCCAAAUUACAAAUAUUCUUAGAGAGAGAAUCAUACAGAAAUUGACUGCUAGUGGGCCAGAUGAUUGUUUGUUGUCAAGUGACAACUACUAUUCAUUAACCUUCAAUUGUGAAGGUUCUUCUGUGAUAUUUGAAGUCCCUCAUGUGAAUGGUGGUAAAUUGGAGUCAAUGAUGCUAUGCAUUGUCUUUUCAUCUUCCCUGGAAACUGAAAUAUCAAAAUGUCUUCAAGAAGUGUCGAUCAAACUUUACACAGAAACCUCCAUUGAGGUCUAUAACUAUAAGUGUAAUAGAAAAGACCGUUCUGCAGAAUUUUUGGACUGGCAAAGCUUAACUUCAAAACUGGAACCUGGUACAAAGGUGGAAGUCCAUGUUAUUCCUGGUGUUCGAUUCACUGUGAAGAAGUCAGAAAUUUAUCUUGUGUAUAAUGCUGCACCAACUUACUUCAAUACGGAGAACUGUCAAGCUGAUGAUAUGGCAAUUGAUGAAAAUCCCAAUGUUUCUGGUGAUGAUAAUAUGGCAACAGAAAUAAUGGACGAUGCUGGUUCCAGUGGGGUUGAAGAGGAAGAUUAUAGGCCUCCCAAAAAGAGAAGACUUUUCAGAGUAUGAUGAAGCAUCUCGCAAAACUUUGGGUAAUUAAAUUGCAGGCAAAAGAAAGGUAGAAGUUAUGGCUUAGGGUUUAAAAUUAAUACUGGUUUCCUCUGUCUCUAACUUUAGACCUACUUCUUUUAAAGCUUCUUCUAGAUAACGAUUAUUACUAGUAUACCUUAUUUGAAUGAAUUGUGAAGUAGGAAUGGACAGAGGUUUGGGGAUAUGAGAGUGUUGAUUUCCAAAGAUGGAGCAACAAGAAAUGCAAAUAGCCAUUAGCCUACUUACAAGUACUGUUCAAACUUCAAAGAGAGAAGCUUCAAGCUUGCUCAACCAUUAUCAAAUUUUCUUGAUCCUGAUCAAGUUCUACAUAUUCUAAGAGAAAUGCUUGUUGCAAGCUUCAGAAUGUCAUUUCUGAAGGCAGACUCUGAAGCUUCGAGUUUGCUAUCAACCUCUUCGCUUUCUUUCACCCAAGUGGCAGCUUUCGUAUUGAUGCUGAGAGUUUCAACCUCACAAAGUUUCACAGUGGAUUCUAACUUGUCCUUCUUC